GCGGUGGCGGCGAAACGGGCGGGCGCGCGGGAUGGAACACCGAGGCACCGACGGAAUGCUCCGGAUCGCCACAUAAUCCCCUGGAACGGCCGCGCCGAACGCCAUCGGCGCGUCCGUUCUCCGCGCGCCGCCGCCGUCUCCCACCUUCGCCUCGCCUCCCUCUCCGCCGCUGCCUCCCGAGCCGGGGGGGUGGGGGCGACGCGAAGCCCCGCUGCGAUGGAGCCCGCCGCCGCAGCCCCGGCACAGCGACUCGCCGAGCCCGCGGCUGACGACCGAGCCCCGGCGGCGGCGGCCGAGGGCGGCCGGAGCCCGGAUCCCGCGCCGAGCGCCGCGGCCGCGAGCGGCGGGAACGGCGGGCGGCUGAAGCGGAAUCUGUCGGCCGCCGCCGCCGCCUCGGCGUCCUCGUCGCCGUCCUCGGCGUCCUCGGCCGCCGGCGGCCUCCCGGCCUCCUGCUCGGCCUCGGCGUCGCUGUGCACCCGGAGCCUGGACAGGAAGACGCUGCUGCUGAAGCACCGGCAGCUGCUGCAGCUGCAGCCGUCGGACAGGGACUGGGUGAGGCAGCAGCUCCAGCGGGGCUGUGUGCACGUCUCCGACCGCCACAUGGCCUCGUCCUACCUGCGCCCGGUGCUCUGCACGCUGGACACCACGGCCGCCGAGGUGGCGGCCCGGCUCCUGCAGCUGGGCCACAAAGGCGGCGGGGUGGUGAAGGUGCCGGGCCAGGGGCCGCCUCCCGCCGCCGGCGAUCAGACCCCGGACGGCGCGCUCGGCCGGCGCCCGGGCCACCCUCCCGGUGCCGUCGGGGCCCCCUCGCGCGCGCCCCCCGCUGACCUGCCGCUGCCCGGCGGUGCCUGGACGCGCUGCGCACCCCGCCCCAGCCCGGCGCCCUCGGACUCCAGCCCCGGGGAGCUGUUCGCGGGCGGCCCCGCUUCCCCGGCCCGCGCGCCUCGCCCGGCCUCCGACACCGAGAGCUUCAGCCUGAGCCCCAGCGCCGAGAGCGUGUCGGACCGCCUGGACCCCUACAGCAGCGGCGGCGGCGGCGGCUCGUCGUCGUCGGAGGAGCUGGAGGCUGACCCGGCCUCGGUCUCGACGGGGGCUCCCGGGCCGCCCCACCGCCCUCGGCCGCCUUCCCCGAAGACCUCGCCUUCGCUGCAGCCGAAAGCCCCGAGGGCCAUCGAUGGCGCUGGCGGGAUGGCCGGCGAGGGUCCCCGAGAGGAUAAGGCGGUGGCAGCUGCAACUCCGGGCGGCGGUCCUCUGUCGACUCCGGGGAGGAUCCGGGAGACCGCGCAGAAGACGUCUUCGCCGCCCCCCCUGUAUGUGCAGCUCCAUGGAGAGACUACCCGGCGCCUGGAGGCGGACGAGAAGCCAUUGCAGAUCCAAAAUGACUACCUCUUCCAACUGGGAUUUGGGGAGCUGUGGAGGGUGCAGGAGGAAGGCAUGGACUCGGAGAUUGGUUGCCUCAUCCGGUUCUAUGCAGGAAAACCUCAGAGCACUGGGAGUUCGGAACGGAUUCAGCUCUCAGGAAUGUACAAUGUCCGAAAAGGCAAAAUGCAGUUGCCAGUGAAUCGGUGGACAAGACGCCAGGUUAUCCUGUGUGGGACGUGCUUGAUAGUAUCAUCUGUGAAAGACAGCUUGAGUGGGAAGAUGCAUGUUCUACCACUAAUUGGUGGGAAAGUGGAAGAAGUGAAAAAGCACCAGCACUGUUUAGCAUUCAGCUCUUCGGGGCCCCAAAGCCAGACUUACUACAUCUGCUUUGAUACUUUCACGGAAUACUUAAGGUGGCUGCGGCAAGUCUCCAAGGUUGCAUCCCAGCGCAUAAGCUCAGUAGACCUCUCGUGUUGUAGCCUUGAGCACCUUCCUGCCAACCUCUUCUACAGCCAAGACCUUACUCAUCUCAAUUUAAAACAAAACUUCCUAAGGCAAAACCCCAGCCUCCCUGCUGCCAGAGGACUUGGUGAACUACAAAGAUUUACCAAAUUGAAGAGCCUUAACCUUUCCAAUAACCACCUAGGAGCCUUUCCAUCAGCGGUCUGCAGCAUUCCAACCCUAGCAGAGCUGAAUGUAUCUUGCAAUGCCCUGCAAGAAGUCCCAGCAGCUGUUGGAGCUAUGCAGAACUUGCAGACAUUCCUGCUGGAUGGGAAUCUUCUCCACUCUCUCCCAGCCGAGUUGGAAAAGAUGCACCAGCUCAACUAUCUGGGUCUUUCCUUUAAUGAGUUCACUGACAUUCCAGAGGUACUGGAGAAGCUGACUGCUGUGGACAAACUCUGCAUGGCUGGGAACUGUAUGGAGACCCUCAGGCUACAGGCUUUAAGAAGAAUGCCUCAUAUUAAACACGUGGACCUAAGACUGAACAUCCUCAGAAAGCUGGCAGCAGACGGAGUGGACUUUGUGCAGCACGUCACUCAGCUUGACCUGCGAGACAAUCAACUUGCUGAUCUGGAUGCCAUGAUUUUCCACAACAUAGAAGUUCUGCACUGUGAACGGAAUCAGCUGGUGACAUUGAACAUUUGUGGCUAUUCCCUAAAAGCACUCUAUGCUUCUUCUAACGAGCUCGUUCAGCUUGAUGUUUACCCGGUUCCGAAUUACCUGUCUUACAUGGAUGUCUCAAGAAACUGCCUAGAAAAUGUGCCUGAGUGGGUAUGCGAAAGCCGGAAGUUAGAAGUUUUGGAUAUUGGCCAUAAUCAAAUAUGUGAACUUCCUGCCCGCUUAUUUUGUAAUAGUAGUCUCCGGAAAUUGCUGGCAGGACACAACCGGUUGGCAAGGCUUCCUGAAAGGCUAGAGAGAACAUCGGUGGAAGUCUUGGACGUACAGCAUAACCAGCUUGUUGAACUCCCACCUAACCUCCUCAUGAAGGCCGACAGGCUGAGGUUCCUGAAUGCAUCUGCAAACCAACUGGAAACCCUGCCUCCAGCCACACUGUCUGAGGAAACGAGCAGCAUAUUACAGGAGUUGUACUUGACAAACAACAGCCUCACGGAUAAGUGUGUGCCCUUGUUAACAGGGCACCCACGGCUGAAGAUCCUGCACAUGGCCUACAACCGGCUUCAGAGCUUCCCAGCAAGUAAAAUGGCAAAACUAGAGGAACUUGAAGAAAUUGAUAUCAGUGGGAAUAAACUGAAAGCCAUCCCAACAACAAUCAUGAAUUGCAGGCGCAUGCAUACAGUGAUUGCUCACUCCAAUUGCAUCGAAGUGUUUCCUGAAGUGAUGCAGCUCCCAGAAGUCAAGUGUGUGGACCUGAGCUGUAAUGAGCUAAGUGAAAUCACGUUACCAGAAAACCUGCCACCUAAACUGCAAGAGCUAGACCUUACUGGAAACCCUCGCCUGACCCUGGACCACAAAAGCCUGGAGCUGCUGAAUAACAUCCGCUGCUUCAAGAUUGACCAGCCUUCAGCAGGAGAUGCAUCUGGAGCCCCAGCAGUGUGGAGUCACGGUUCCACUGAAGCAUCAGGAGUAAAAAACAAGCUGUGUGUGGCGGCGCUGUCUGUGAACAACUUCCGGGACAAUCGGGAGGCCCUCUAUGGUGUGUUUGAUGGAGACCGGAAUGUGGAGGUGCCCUACCUCCUUCAGUGCACCAUGAGUGACAUCUUGGCUGAAGAGCUUCAGAAAACGAAAAAUGAGGAAGAAUACAUGGUCAAUACAUUUAUUGUCAUGCAAAGGAAGCUGGGCACUGCUGGGCAGAAGCUCGGUGGUGCUGCCGUCCUGUGCCACAUCAAGCAUGACCCUGUGGACCCAGGAGGACCCUUCACUUUGACCUCUGCUAACGUUGGCAAGUGCCAAACGGUUCUCUGUCGAAAUGGGAAGCCACUGCCUCUGUCCAGGUCAUACAUCAUGAGCUGUGAAGAAGAGCGGAAGAGGAUUAAGCAGCACAAAGCCAUCAUCACUGAGGAUGGCAAGGUCAAUGGAGUGACAGAAUCCACACGCAUCCUGGGCUACACCUUCCUCCACCCCAGUGUGGUGCCUCGCCCCCACGUCCAGUCAGUGCUUCUGACUCCACAGGAUGAGUUUUUCAUCCUGGGCAGCAAAGGGCUCUGGGACAGCCUAUCCAUUGAAGAGGCCGUGGAGGCUGUGCGCAAUGUGCCCGAUGCUCUGGCUGCUGCCAAGAAGCUGUGCACUCUGGCCCAGAGCUACGGCUGCCAUGACAGCAUCAGUGCGGUGGUGGUGCAGCUCAGUGUCACUGAAGACAGCUUCUGCUGCUGCGAGCUCAGUGCUGGAGGGAGCAUGCCACCCCCUAGCCCUGGAAUCUUCCCAUCCUCUGUCAACAUGGUAAUCAAGGACCGGCCCCCAGAUGGGCUGGGUGUGCCCUCCUCCAGCAGCGGCAUGGCAUCUGAGAUCAGCAGUGAACUGUCCACCUCUGAGAUGAGUAGCGAGGUGGGCUCCACGGCCUCCGAUGAGCCCCCAGCUGGAGUCCUGAACGAGAGCAGCCCCGCCUACCCCAACGAGCAGCGCUGCAUGCUCCACCCAGUCUGCCUGUCCAACUCCUUCCAGCGUCAGCUGUCCAGUGCCACUUUCUCCAGCGCGUUCUCCGACAACGGCCUUGACAGUGAUGAUGAAGAACCCAUUGAGGGUGUCUUCAGCAAUGGCAGCCGGGUAGAGGUGGAAGUGGACAUCCACUGCAGCCGGGCCAAGGAAAAGGAGAGACAGCAGCACCUGCUGCAGGUGCCAGCUGAGGCCAGCGAUGAGGGCAUCGUCAUCAGUGCCAACGAGGAUGAGUCCGGUCUGUCCAAGAAGGCGGACUUCUCUGCUGUGGGGACCAUCGGGCGACGGCGGGCUAACGGCUCUGUUGCUCCCCAGGAAAGGAGCCACAAUGUGAUAGAGGUUGCCGCAGAUGCACCUCUCCGAAAGCCAGGGGGCUAUUUUGCAGCCCCUGCUCAGCCAGAUCCAGAUGAUCAGUUUAUCAUACCACCGGAGCUGGAAGAGGAAGUCAAAGAAAUCAUGAAACAUCACCAGGAGCAGCAGCAGCAGCUGCCACCACCACCCCAGCCGCCACAGCCACAGCCACAGAGGCAGCUCCAGGCGGAUCAGCUGCCAGACUGUUAUGACACGCCACUAUGACCCCGUCUGGGUACUGUUCUAAACAAUAAACUAACCAGAAAGACUGAGAGAGUCUCCCAGGCUCACAUUAAACCAGGGCUGUUACCUCCUGCCCUUCUCCCAGACACGCCCCACCCGCCUCUGCAGCUCCUCUGUAGGUUCUCUUUGUAUUGGUUACUUUUAAUAUUUACCACUUUUCUCUAGUGACACUUUACCAAUAUGACUUAAAUUUGUUAACUUCCUUCCCUAACAUAUCAAAUGUAUAAAGACAAAGAACAAAAGGUUUAAUAUAUUACAGAGAAACAGUUAAUGAUAAUGUAGUAUUUUUAAAAAUGGCUUUUUGUUGUUUGGUUUGUUUGGAAGGCAGGGCAAGUUGUCAUUGCUAAAUGAUUUAAUAAUAUUGUAAUUGUGUAUUUCUUUGUGGGGAAAGGCUUUUUUUUUUUGUCUUGAAAAUGAUAGACAUUUGUAGAAUAUGGAGACUAACUCCUAGGAGUUGCUUUACUCUGUCAGGUGACUUAAGUCACUGGGAUUCACUAAUUUUCUCUGAGAGAACAGUUGAUUGAGAAAUUUCUAUUGUAAAUAGCUCAGUGUUACAUAGUGAAACUUAAAGUGUUUGUAGUCUCGGUAUAAGGACACAGCCUAAAUAACUGACUCCCAGCCCCUCUGAAAAGCCUUCCCCGCCCCAUCCCCACCUAGCUCAUCUUCAGUGUGGGCCAUUUGCUCAGCGUGUUUCUGUGCAGGUAAUAUGGUCCUGCCCUUGGGAUCCCAGAACCUUUUACAGACACUUUUUAAUUGUGUUCCUUACUGCUGCCACAAUCAGCAUGACUGUAUAGAGUCCCUUAGACCAUCUACACAUCCAGAGUUAUAUUGAAGCAGAAUGCACAAAUGGACAUGGCAUAAUUUUUGUUAUAAUAAAUAUGAAAUUUACAAGUACAGGAUCCAUCUACUUUUGUCUCCGCAUUCAGGCGUGUUUUACAGACAAUGAUACCAGCUCCAGACUGGAAGAAAUAGGUGGAAGGUUGAAGUUAACCUGCAGUACGGUUUGGGUUUUGUUUGUUUCCUUAAUAUUCAGGUUCAGCUGCAGUGAAUGAGGUAGUGCGAUUGAGCGUCUGCUCAACUGUACGCACAACUGGCGUUAUUCUUCUCUUUGUAUUAUUACUCAGGGUAGACACCAAAGCGGGCUAGAUGGAGACUGCAUAGAGCAGAGCCCUGCGGAGAACCUGCAGACCUGCAGGGCCAAGUUGGCUUUCAGUUCCUCCAGGAGAUCAUAGGAGCAGGUUAAUGCACCUUCUGUCGUAAGCAUGCAAAGUGAGAGCUGUGUGUGGAAGACAGGUGGCUUCCGUGUCCAUCGGUCUCCCUUCAGGUCUGCCUUUGCUAGCCCAGGCCACUGCCUGAGGCCACAGAAGAAGAGCCAACUCAUUCCAGCACGGUGCUGGACCCAGUCGCUGACGGAGCUGAAUUUGUGACAGAGGCCUCUGCCUUGGACUGGAAGUAGAGGCAUCCCAGGGGCCCUGAUCCUGCCCCACCCUCUAGCCCUUCCCUCCUUACUGUGUAUUACUGUGUAUGUGGGUCAUAGGUCAGAGAAGCCAGACACAUGUUGCUAGUUUUGCUCAGUGCCUUAUUUUCUGUCGAGCUGGGCUGACUUUCUAAUUCGUCAGUGCUUAAAUCCCCACUCUGGGCAGAGUUCACCUGUCACCUUUGCGGAAGAGGACCCACCGUGUGGGUCUUCCAGAGAGGUCAGAACCUGUGGACAGUGGUCAACAGAGUCAAUACUUGUGGACUCCAUGACAGCAUCAGAGCAGCCACCCACCAGGACCAGCAGACGUGGGAGAAAGCAACAAGCUAGAGCUGUGUUCGUGCCUGCCCGGGGCCAUCGGUGCUUGCUGUCCCUUCUGUCAUUGAGACAUUGCGUACACACUGCAUAUAAGGAACUGUGGAGACAGAACUUCCCUUUGGAGACUUGGGGUACAUAGUACAUGCAGAGAGGAAGUUUCUUAUGUUGCACCUAUGUGAAGGGACUAAAGAGGCACAGACAUAGUGGUAAGUCUCCGUGCUCUUAUGUAGGAGCCUCCCCAGGUAUUUCCGAAGGAGAAUGUAUUCCCUUCUCUUAGCCACGAUACCUUCUAAUAGUAUGUAAAGCUGCUUAUAAAACUGGACUGGGUUUUCACAUAAAGCACUUAAUAUGUGAAGACCCCCAAAGCCAUGACAUCUGCACAGUGAGUAUUAGGGAGAAAGGGUUUCCCUGAGGGGUGUUUCCUCUGCCUCCUCUGAGGAAAUCCAGACCACUGGGAAAGGGCGUGAAGGGGAAGAGGAAGCGUUAGGCCCACAGGCGCCCAGGAGACUGAUGAUCUUGCUGGGGCCUGGACACCAGUUCUUUUUUCUUUCAGCCGCAUGCUGCCUGCCAGAUCCCGGGCCUCCAGGCUUUCUGUCCUUGUCCAUUAGGCCACUCUGGGGCCAGGGACCCAACCAGUGUGGCCUGCUUUCUUUUGAUUGAUUUUGUUGUAGCGCCACCUACUGGUGAGUGUAGCUUUGGACGAGGGGCAUGGACUCCAUUCUGCCAGAAAACAAACAAACAAAAACAAAAACUAUUUAACAGUUUUCUUCAACGUGGAAUAGAAAGUAAACCUCAUCACUGAGUAUGGCAGAGAUGCUGCAUUAACUCCUAGUUCCUUGUGUCAGUUUGUGCUUUGUGAGGUGGUAUCAUUGGUGACCAGUUAGUUCCUAUGAUGGGCAACUUCCCGUGGGAAAUUAAAAUACAGAAAUAACAUGUAACCAGAAUUAUAACUACCAGCAUUUGUCUAACCCUGCCUUCCCUAGGGUUAGGGGAAAAGAAAAGCAGAAAGCUGCUGUGGUCUGCUUGUAGUCUUGUAGAGUGACAUCUGUGAUGUCACCGCUGGCCCUAACCAAGGGAGAAAAAAAAUGUGCCUUGGAGUGGAUUGACUCUCCGUGAACACUUAUCAAAGGGGCUUUUGAGUCCUCCCCUGAUGCAAAGUAGAAGACUCCGUAAAGAGGGGGCUGUGUGGUCUGUACCUGCCUCCCCACUGCCAGGUCAGUAACUCAGUGGAGCCUUCCAUGUAACAGACGUCAUUAUUCCAGCGGGAAACUGGGCUGCUCAGAAAAUCGGGAGCACAGCGCACACGCCUUUGUAAGCAGAAAAAGGAAGAAAAGACGAACUGUUGGUGGAAAAAGGUCCUUGUAUUUCUUGUCCUUGAAUACUAGUUGUUUUUUUUUCCCCUUUCUUUCAGUUCUUCUCCAUAAUCCCCAUAUUGUGCAAAUGAC